GCCCCGCCCCCGGCGCGGCUACACCAGCUGCGCCCACGUGCCCAGUCCGACUUCUGCAGCGCGGCGGCGACUUCUACCCGCGGACCAGCUAAGGCGGCGGCUGCUCCUACAGCCUCCCGAGCCACGGGCCCUGACAAGCUCCAGCCGUUCGCCCACCACCACCCCCUCGGCGCGGCCCUCGCGCUGCCCCAGUGCCUGUCUUCAGAAUGAUUCCCUGCAGAGCAACGCUGUCUUUUGCCCGAUGUCUGAUCCGGAGAAAAGUCGUCACUCUAGACAGUCUAGAAGAUUCCAAACUCUGCCGAUGCUUAUCCACCAUGGACCUCAUUGCCCUGGGGGUGGGAAGCACUCUUGGUGCUGGGGUUUACGUCCUCGCUGGGGAGGUUGCCAAGGCGGAUUCUGGCCCCAGUAUCGUGGUUUCCUUCCUCAUUGCUGCCCUGGCUUCCGUGAUGGCAGGUCUUUGCUAUGCUGAAUUUGGAGCCCGAGUUCCCAAGACUGGGUCCGCGUAUUUGUACACUUACGUUACUGUCGGAGAACUGUGGGCCUUCAUCACUGGCUGGAAUCUCAUUUUAUCUUACGUGAUAGGUACAUCAAGUGUUGCAAGAGCAUGGAGUGGCACCUUUGAUGAACUCCUUAACAAACAGAUUGGUCAGUUUUUCAGGACAUACUUCAAAAUGAAUUACACUGGCCUCGCAGAGUAUCCUGACUUUUUUGCUGUGUGUCUUAUAUUACUUCUAGCAGGUCUUUUGUCUUUUGGAGUUAAAGAGUCUGCUUGGGUGAAUAAAGUCUUCACAGCUGUUAACAUCCUGGUCCUUCUCUUUGUUAUGGUGGCUGGGUUUGUGAAAGGAAACGUGGCAAACUGGAAAAUUAGUGAAGAGUUUCUCAAAAAUAUAUCAGCAAGUGCCAGAGAGCCCCCUUCUGAAAAUGGAACAAGUAUCUACGGGGCUGGUGGCUUUAUGCCUUAUGGUUUUACGGGAACUUUGGCUGGGGCUGCAACCUGCUUUUAUGCCUUUGUGGGAUUUGACUGCAUUGCAACAACUGGCGAAGAAGUCCGGAAUCCUCAGAAAGCCAUUCCUAUUGGAAUUGUGACUUCUCUGCUUGUUUGCUUUAUGGCCUAUUUUGGGGUCUCGGCAGCUUUGACCCUUAUGAUGCCAUACUACCUCCUUGAUGAGAAAAGCCCACUUCCUGUAGCAUUUGAGUACGUUGGAUGGGGUCCUGCCAAGUAUGUCGUUGCAGCAGGCUCCCUCUGUGCUUUGUCAACAAGUCUUCUUGGAUCCAUUUUCCCAAUGCCUCGUGUAAUCUAUGCUAUGGCGGAGGAUGGGUUGCUUUUCAAAUGUCUAGCUCAAAUCAAUUCCAAAACGAAGACACCGGUAAUUGCUACUUUAUCAUCGGGUGCGGUGGCAGCUGUGAUGGCAUUUCUGUUUGACCUGAAGGCUCUCGUGGACAUGAUGUCCAUUGGCACCCUUCUGGCCUACUCUCUGGUCGCGGCCUGUGUUCUCAUCCUCAGGUACCAGCCAGGAUUAUCUUAUGAGCAACCCAAAUACUGUCCUGAGAAAGAAGCUCUGGGAUCGUGUGCCAGCGCUGCCUCCAAAAGCAAGUCCCAGGUCACUGUGCUGCCAGAACGGGGCUUCAGCCUGCGAGCCUUCUUCAGCCCCUCACUUCUGCCCACAAAACAGUCAGCUUCUCUCGUGAGUUUCCUGGUGGGAUUUCUUGCAUUUCUCAUUCUGGGCCUGAGUAUUUUGACCACGUAUGGAGUCCAUGCUAUUGCCAGGCUGGAAGCGUGGAGCCUCGCUCUUCUUGUGCUGUUUCUUGUUCUCUGCGUUGCCGUCGUGCUCACCAUUUGGAGGCAGCCCCAAAAUCAGCAAAAAGUAGCCUUUAUGGUUCCAUUCUUACCAUUUUUGCCAGCCUUCAGCAUCCUGGUGAACAUUUACCUGAUGGUCCAGCUGAGUGCAGAUACCUGGAUCCGAUUUAGCAUUUGGAUGGCACUUGGUUUCCUGAUAUACUUCGCUUAUGGCAUCAGACACAGCCUGGAGGGUAAUUCACGGGAUGAGGAUGAGGAUGAAGAUACUCAUUCAAACAACGUUCAUACAGCGGCCGAAGAAAAAUCUGCCAUUCAAGCAAAUGACCAUCACCAAAGACACCUGAGUUUACCUUUCAUAUUCCAUGAAAAGACGAGCGAAUGCUAGUGCCUGCAGGGGCCGCGCUGGUCCACAGUCUAAAUGUAGACAUCCUACGUGGAGUGAACCGUGACGGCAUGUCAUCGUCACACUAGGUUGUCAUGGGUUUGCUGCAGACACAGUUCACCCUAAUUUAUACUUCCUCACCUGGACAGCACCACCUCAGAUGCUGAACUGUGCAUCCGGGGACCCUCCUGAGCUCUCUCCUCAGUGACAAGUAGCCCCAAAUAGCGGGAGUGUGGGAGUGUGUGUAUGUGUGUUUGUGUAUCUUGGGGACUGUCAGUGUUACAAGUUGUUGGUGUUUUGCUGUUAUCCCCUUGCAUUUUUCCAGUGUUGUCCUUAAUUGGUAGCAUAUACUGCACGUACUGAAAUGGAGGUAUUUUGUAUGUGCCGGGCAUGGUUGGGGUAAUGACUGUUGCUUUUCCUUGUUAGGCUUUAUUAAUGUUGAGUUAGAACCUGCUAAAAAUGCAUUUGCCCAUCCUGGGGUCCGUCAUGGGUCUGGAAUUGGAGGAGGGGAUAGGGAAAGAGCCUUUUCUGUACCUUGUAAACUCCAGCAGUGGGUUUAGUGCAGAUUUCUCUCUGUGAGGUAUGACAGUGUGUGAAAAUUUUAGCCAGUAGGAGUGUUCGUGUCUGCAGUACUGCACAGGGCACGAGCAGCCUAUGCAUACCCAGAUGGCAGGCACCCCUUUGAACAGCGUGCUGUCUUCUUUGAGAACAGUAGUCUUUAAAUACGAGGCCUUUCACCUGCCACUCCCUCCCCUCACCCCAGUUCAGUCGGGGGCUUGAGAGAGGUAGUGUGGUCCACUGGCUCCCUUUGUGCUGGAAGAUGAAGGUGGUCUCCGUGGCCAGGAAGCCUGUAUAGGUGGCAAAGAUGAGGACAUUUUUGAAGAUCAGAGUAGAUACAUGCUUGGAUAGGGAGAUCCCAAGCCUCCGUGUUUGAAAAAUCACUUAAAGAGUUCUCUUGUGGUGCAGCAGAUUAAGGAUCUGGCAUUGUCACUGUAGCGGCUUGGGUCACUGCUGUGGCGCAGUUCAGUCCUUGACCGGGAAACUUCCACAUGCCAUGGGCAUGGCCAAAAAGGAAAAAAGAAAGUUGCAUAUAAUUCAGCCAGUAGAGUCUCUCAGAUGGCACAAUCGGCAGAAUGAUUCAUACCUUUUCCCCUUACUUAAUAAAUAAUCACAGUUCAGGGUUUUUUUUCUAACCCAGUAGUAAAUGGUAUCUUUACGCAAAAGAGGAAAAAUGGAAGGGGUACAAGAAAAUUACCCUGUUCUGAUUUUAAAGUGCCUAUUCAGAUAUUAAAGGGCAUUUGACCCAAUUUGAGGAGUUUGAAUCAAAUUUGCCUCUGAUGUUUCUUUUGGAAACAUUUAGGAAUAUUUUUCUUCCUCCAUCCCAUAAAUCAUUUAGAACUUCUAAUUUCACUUAUUUUUAAAUGAUCACACUAAAGCUAUUAACACAAGCUGCAGUAUUCUACAAGAACCCAUCAGUGGUUGGGGAAUAGAAUAUUAUGGUAAAUACAUGAUUACUUAAAACAUCAACCUAAAAAAAUCAACCAAAUUGAAUUAAAAGCCGUAUAAACGCAAUAACAUUUGUAUGAGUAAAUAAUGUUUUUAAAUGUAAGCUUUUGUAAUUACUAUAUUUUACUUUAUAGGGUUCUCCAACAUGGACUGUCUGCAGUGUGUUUUACUUCUCAUGAAUUAUUUUUCUUACAAAUAAUUGUAUGGUUCACUAGAUGAGACUAGAAGCUAAAGUUAUCUUUGUAUGGGUUACAUUUCCAGGAUAAACAUUCUCAAGCCCAGGUGACCACCUUAAUCCAAGGGCAAGGAAGACCUUUAUUUCCUGACAGUACUUCCAAGAGAUCAUUUUAUUGCUAUAAUUAAAAAGCAAGUUUAUGUGGAGUUCCCAUUGUAGUUCAGCACAUGAAGGACCCGACCCUCUCUCUGUGAGGAUGUAGGUUCGAUCCCUGGCCUCAUUCAGUGGGAUAAGGAUCCAGCUUUGCUGCAAGUUCUCAGAUAUGGCUCGUAUCCACUGUUGCAGUGGCUGUGGCUUAGGCCUCAGCUGCAGCUUCAAUUCGACCCCUAGCCUGGGAACUUCCAUAUGCUGCAGGUGUAGCUACAAAAAGACCAAAAAAAAAAAAAAAAAAAAAAGGCAACUUAUGAUUGUCUUGUCUAAUUGAGGGUUUACUGUGAUUAAAUAUCCAACAAGAGGGUAGGAAGCCUGGGUUUCUGGCUGCUAGUGUUGCAGCACCCCUGACAUAGAACUCAGCAUUUACAUUCCACAGGUUCCAGGGUACAUGUGGUCAAAUUGCUUGACAGAAUUCUGUCAAGCUGCAUGUUUUCCUGGAGAGGAAGAGUUGGCUCUGCAUGAGGUAGAGUGUUUCCGUAAGCACGUGGGCCUAGUCAUAAGCCUUGCUGUUAUUGCCAUUACUCAGAAGCCUUUUUAUUCUGUAAUCAAUCUAGAGUAGGCCCUCCAUUUAGGGAACAUGAAGAAUUUCAUAUGUGAAUAUUAAACCUUUUACUGUAACAAUAUCAAGAAAUGUGUUAAGAACAUGACAGGCAGCUAAAACUAUUAUGCCCACUGUGUUUAUUUAGGAGCAGAAUUUAGUUAAAAAUUAUUUUUCCAUCGUGAAACACUUUGCAAACACAAAUGUCUAUGAAAAGAUGCCCUGUCUGUGACUAUGCUUUUUUUCUGUGAAAACUCAAAUAUGGGUUCUUAUGUAUGUGUAAGUGUCUACAUAUGUGUGUGUGUGUGUGCAUGCAUUUCAAAUGUCAGUGUAUAAGUCAGUUGGGUUUAUGAGGGUCUUUGGGAAAGAUACUGUUGUCUAGGAUUUAAAAAAACCCAACUGAUGGGAGAAAAAAAUGUUUUCUAUCGAUAGGUAUGCUUAUACAAAAAUUUUAGGUUUUAAACUUUUAAAAUACAUAGAAAUUUUAUAUGUAUAGUGUUUUCUAUAGAUUCUUUAAGAAAUGUAUAUUUAUAAUGUUUUUAAUAUGAAAUCACUGAAGUCUAGUAUGUUAUACCAGGUGCUUUGUAAUCUGAAAUGGAGUUGGGGUGGGGCAUUAGGGGGUUUCUGUUUCCUUGUUUCUGUUGCACGGUUUUGGACAUUUCUGCCUUGAUAUGUGCUUAUUAGGAAAAGCCAGUACUAUCAGCUCUUUUACCACCUUGCUUUUCCUACAUUUGAAUUCAUAACCUUUUGAACAAAAUGAUGUUUUUACUUUCUUGGGGUUAUUGAAAUUUUUGUAUAGAUCUAAUUAGUAAUCAUUCACACUUAUAUAAAGUCCUUUCCAGAAAUUUAAAAAAAUAACAUGCACAUUUUCUUAAUCAUGAUUGGAUAAAAACAGCUUAAAUUACUUUUCUUGUUUGCAUUUAGAAAUAUGCUCUCUGAACAUUUUCAGUGAGAAACCUUUUAUAAUAGCACCUUUAUUUUAUACUCAAAGAAAGAUGAUUUGUGAAUAACCAGACAAAGGCCAUACCUACUCUACGUUUAACAAGGUAGCUAUGCAAAGCCAAGUUCAAAUCUGUUUUUGAAGAGUUCCCAUUGUAGUUCAGGGGGUUAAGGACCUGAAGUUGUCUCUGUGAGGAUGCAGGUUCGAUCCCUGGCUUCAGUCAGUGGGAUAAGGGUCUGGUGUUGCCACAGGCUGUGGAAGCUGCUGAGAGUGUAGGCCGGCAGCUGCAGCUCUGAUUCGACCCCUAGCCUGGGAACUUCCAUAUGCCACAGUUGCGGCCGUAAAAAGAAAAAAUAUAUAAUAGAUUAAUUAAUUAAUUAAAACUUUAUAAGAAAGCUUGCAUUAGAACCUUUGCUAUAUACCGAAAUACAGAUUAUUGCUUAAUCAUAUUUUCCCCAGAGAUGCUCAUCAAGAGGAGUAAGAUCAAAUCAUCAUUUGGGACAUAUACAUUAAUGAAAAACUAACAAUCUCUCUAAAACUUUAUUAUUAUCAACUACAGUUGAUAGAAAAUAUCUGUGUCAGAAUUACCUUCCUUUAAAAGACAAGAGCUUGUCUUUUAAUUUUUCUGAAUAAAGGAUUUUUAACUUUAAAAAUUUUAAGUAGUAGCCAAAGUAUUUUCUAAGUCCUGGGUAUUUACAGGUAGAUGUUAAAAUCUUUUGAAUUAGAAUUUAUAUUUCUCAGAUUAUUUCCUAAAUUAUUUGAACAUUAGCAGGGAGAAUAAGGCGCAGUAAUCGCCCUGCAAUGCUGAUAAUGCCAGAGGGAGCACAUGAGUUUAUCUUUUUUUCCUCUUAGAUCAGCACGUCCUGAGAUAAUAAAUCACAUAGUGACCUUGUGCCGAGAUUCCGACCUCCCCUCCCUGGGAUGUUCCUGCUGUGCUUCCAGUGACAAUACAAUUCACACCAAAAAUACCGUGUCCACAGAAUUGUAAAGGAUGUGGUUUAGAGUGUGCCUCUCUGAGUAUGAAAAUUCACAUGAUUAGUGUGAAUUUGGGGUGUGUGUAAUUAACUGGGUUUCUUUGUCAUUUUUGUAUUUUGGCUGGUGCCAAAAUAGCGCCUUCUCUGUACAUUUUCCACUUAUGUUUUCUAACUUGUCCUAAAAUAUCAAGGGAAAAAGUACCAAAGUUCAUGUAGGAAAUAAUGCCAGCACAGGUCAUUUUUCAGUCACGUAGAUGUGAAAAUAAGGUUGCUUAACUUUGUUGUUUAGCUGAGGUUUUUUUUUCUCCUUGUACAAUUAUAUUUAAACAUUUUUGUAGUGGCUCUCUGGUUUCUAAGUUCUUAGAGGCUUGAUCUGUUGUGAUUGUUUAUUUAGUUGAUGGUUUUUUGUAAUAUUCAUUAUUGUUUAUAUGUACACAGUUUAGUCUCAUUGAUUUCAAAUGCAUUUUGUUAUGGCUGAACCGAACUGGCACCCCUGUUGGCUUGAGGGAACUGUCAUAGCUUUUAUUCACCAUGGCUGAAGGCACUGCCACAGUCUUUAGCCUUAAAGAGCUUUCACUAACCACUGACAGCUCCAUGGGCAUCAGGUGCAGAACCCUGGGGCACGCAGGUUGCAAAGUGCGAGCGUCCAUAGCUGCCCUGGCUGGGUGGGAUCUUGGGUUGACAGGGUAGAAUAUGAAGGGAAACACUUCACAUGAAAGUAAGGUAGCUUGGGGUCCUUAAUUCUGGCUCCAAAUAUCUCAUGAGUACAUCAAGGUCAGUGAUCAGGACCAAGGAACUUCUAUGACUCACGGAAAGGGAGACUGCUUCCUGGAACUGGCCCUACAGGUCCUGGCCCACUGCAGCUUCUGCACCAGCACCGAUGGCCUUGGCGAGGAAAGUGCAUGGACCAAGGCUAAGUUGGCAAAGAACCUUGUAUUGCCAAUGGGGCGGGUUUCCCUGGCCUGUGCCUGGUUAACAGGCUCUUCAUCUUUGGUGCCCAGAUGUUUUAUUGCUUAAUUUUGUCAUCAUUGUACUUCAUAGAAACUGUUGAUAGGGCCUAAAACCCUGCAGAAAUUCUGUCUGUAAAAACCAACAGAUAUAUUGGCCUUAUGCGAAUGUAGAAAUUGUUUUGUUUAGUAGAUAACUUUAAAUUUAAAUGCUUUUAAUGAUAGUGUUCCUUUUUCUUAUUAAGUUGGGUUUUUUUUUAGAAUUUGUAAUAAAUAAAAACUGCUGCUGCUUUUCCACUGUAAAAUAUGCUUUCUAAUGUGACCCUGUCUUUUUAAAAUAAAUUUUAAUAUUAC